UAGCUGGUGGACCUCAGCUGUCCUGCGUGCUGCCUGCAAAAACAACAACUCGCCAACCUGCUUAGUUUUGCUCCUUCGUUCUCUUUCGCGGAGGUCCUCCGUUGAGUGUCCUCCGGCCGAGCCAUACGGUCUUGCUUGGUCGGCGGGAGGACAAGAGGGCGCCGGAGGGAAAGACAAUGGACCAAUGCGUGACGGUGGAGCGCGAGCUAGAGAAGGUGCUUCAGAAGUUCUCGGGCUACGGGCAGCUAUGCGAGCGGAGUUUGGAGGAGCUGAUCCAGUACGUGGCAGGGCUGCGCCGCGAGAUCCUCCAGAGCGAAAAUCCAGAUGAAGAUCUAUCAGGUACAAUAUCACUUGUUAUGACCCAAUGUUGUAAACGAAUAAAGGACACAGUUCAGAAAUUGGCUUCGGACCAUAAGGAUAUCCACAGUAGUGUUUCUCGUGUUGGGAAAGCAAUUGACAAGAAUUUUGACUCUGACAUUAGUAGUGUUGGAAUAGAUGGAUGUUGGCAGGCGGAUAGUCAGCGGAUUCUGAACGAAGUUAUGGUUGAACACUUUUUCCGGCAAGGAAUGUUAGACGUAGCUGAGGAGCUUUGUCAGGAGUCUGGACUUUCUAUAGACCAAAGUCAAAAGCAACCAUUUGUGGAGCUGAACCGAAUAUUGGAAGCACUUAAAGUUAGAGUUUUGAGACCUGCAUUGGAGUGGGCUGUUUCAAACAGAGAAAUGCUUAUGACACAGAAUAGUUCCUUAGAGUUUAAGCUGCAUAGAUUAUAUUUUAUUAGUUUAUUAAUGGGUGGAACUGCAAAUCAGAGAGAAGCACUGCAGUAUGCAAAAAAUUUUCAACCUUUUGCUCUCAAUCAUCAGAAAGAUAUUCAAAUUUUGAUGGGAAGUCUAGUAUACCUGAGGCAAGGAAUUGAAAAUUCUCCAUAUGUCCAUUUACUAGAUGCAAAUCAGUGGGCAGAUAUCUGUGAUAUUUUUACAAGGGAUGCUUGUGCAUUAUUGGGACUCUCAAUUGAAUCACCUCUUAGUGUUAGCUUUUCAGCAGGUUGCGUAGCAUUGCCAGCUCUAAUUAAUAUAAAAGCUGUGAUAGAACAAAGACAGUGCACUGGUGUUUGGAAUCAGAAAGAUGAAUUACCAAUUGAAGUGGACCUUGGCAAAAAGUGCUGGUAUCAUUCAAUAUUUGCUUGCCCCAUCCUUCGUCAACAAACAACAGAUAAUAACCCACCCAUGAAGCUGGUUUGUGGUCAUAUUAUAUCAAGAGAUGCUCUGAAUAAAAUGUUUAAUGGCAGCAAAUUAAAAUGUCCUUAUUGUCCUAUGGAGCAGAGCCCUGGGGAUGCCAAACAGAUAUUCUUCUAAGGACACAAAUUAUUAUAUGUGUGUGAUCUGGAACACUAAAACAGGCAAAUGUUCCAUUUUAUGCUGUACAUACGAAGGAGAAUUUUUGUGUUUUAUAUAAGUCCGAUGCUCCAGAAAUUUUUGCCAACAUUUAUUGCAGAUGUACAGUUUGGAAAAGCUCCAGAUGUAAUUUCUGUUAUAGGGCUUUUACUGUAAGCUUGGUCAUGAUAUCUGAUCAAGAUACUACACCAGCAGUCAUUCAAUGCAGAUUUUUUUGUACUUAAUUCAAUGGUGACUUUGCUUUAUAAAGUAGAUACCAGUCACCAUAUAAUUCUCAUAUUUGUCCUGCUGUUAUCAUUCUGAUUAUUGUCACCAUAAAGAAUGUGAAGGAACUUUUUUUUCAUUAGCAUGUAAAUAAUUAAGAGAGGAUUUCAGGAAAAAAGUUUAAAAAUUGAAUAGCGGAUACAUUUGUAUUUCUCUUAUUAUUUUUCCAAGUCAGAACUCUGACAUAUUCAGAGGUUUUUUUUUCUCCUGUUGGAAUAUUUUUCCCAGCUUUUAAAUUCCACCUGAAUUCAACUUAAAUGUGCUUAUAUAUAAAUUGCACAAUAUUUACAUAAAUAUAACAGAUUUACAGUCAUUUCUGAUUUAGAAAAAUAGCAAAUGAAUAAGGUUUCCUACACUUAUGAAUUCAUUUCAGUUGUUUUCAUAAGCAAGAGUUCUUUGGGUAGCUGAGAGUAUUCAAUACUGCAGAGCUCUAGAGUGGAAAGUUUUUCCAGCUAAUACUUGUUCUUCAGGUUUUUUUAGUUAUACUGUAAUUUAAGGUUUGAUUUCAAGAUCAAUGUCUUGUUGGUGUACAGUUUACUGGACAUGAUUGUUACAUUAUUUAUGAAGUUAUCAGAACCAAAUGCACUGUUACUAAUGUUCAUUGUUAAAAAGGGGAAUAGAAAGUGUUUCACUAGUCUUUUCAUCCCAGGAUUGGAUGAAAUAUGUCCUCUGUUGUUAAGAGCGUUGUGCCAGUGACCAUGUUCCCUUUAAUAUCAUGAUAAUAUCAUUUUAUUCUUAAAUUUAUUAUACUGGUGACAGAGACUUUAAGCUGGAUUUGAUCACCAUUCUCCCUACCUGGAGAAUCUUGAGUAUCAUAGUCAGGAAGAAGAAACAUUAGUAGAUUCUAAUAUCCAAAGUCUUGCCAAUUUGCAAUGGACUGGAUUCUCUGGGAAAAGCUAGGAUAGCUAAAGGAUUAUGCAUUUGUACUAUAAAUAAUAUCCAAAGUGAAUAUAUACUUAUAAAUUUGAUGCGUGUUAUAGCAAAUGUCAUGUGUGCAUUCAAUGCACUGUCUUACAAUAAAGCAAAGGAGCUACUUGAUAUUUAUUGCUGCCAAGACUCCAUCUUUCUAUGGCUGGAUACUAAAAUAAUUAAAUAUACUGGCUCAGUGCAUUACACAGAAAAAUGUUCAUAAAGGUUUUAGAUGCUCUGAUAAUUGGUCAUAGUCCCUAAGAAUAUACCAAUGCAACCUGACACUAUUGUUCAAAUAGAAAAAAAGAAGUAAAACUGUACACUGUAUACUCUGAGUUACUUCUAUAACGUGCUUCUAUAGAAAUUUAAUAAAGAUAAUGAGAAACAAGUAAAAGUGUUUUCUGUUCAGGUUCAAAUCUCAGUGAAGUUGCUUUUAUUGUAAUAAGAGAACUGCACAUAUGUGAGUCAAAUAUAUUCUCAGUGACGUAAGAAAAUGUAAAUGUAGCAGUAUAAUACACAACUGUAUUCAAGGGGAACAUUUAUAAUGUAAGGAUAUUUGCAGACAUAUAAAUAAUUUCAUGUACAUGGGCGAUCAAUCUCAAUGAGUAUUGGGGUUUUGUAAAUGUUUGGCAAAAAAUUCUGUUUUCUUUUUUAAUCCAAUAAACUAUCUUAUACUUAAGGAUUGAUAUUUUCAUACCAAAAUAUAAGGAUUGAUAUUAUUUUAAUGGACUCCAAAAUGAAAGUGGAGUCUAUCCUUCCUCAGAUCACUGGGGAAUGUAUUAGUUCCUAGCCAUUUCAUUCUGGGAGGGAUGGCUGCAUUGUUUUUAAAUCCAGAGAUUGGAGUUAUACUCUACCAGUUGUGCGAUGGAGUGGCAGGGUAAAUAUGAACUAUGAUGUUCUACACGUUUUAGAAUUCAUGGAUAUGUAUGAAUUAUUUUUGAGCCUUUUCAUUAAUCUUAUGGUUUAGAAAUGCUUUGGUUUUAUUUUUCUUGAAAACAGUUCACUAUAAACAGAUAUAGUUUAUUUUAGCAAACAUUUCCCAAUUACUUUGAUCCAAACUACAGCCCAUCUUGCCUUUGAGACCUUCAUUGAUAUGACUGAGAUGUGAGAAAACCAGUGUAUAGAGAUAGAUUCUUUGGGGAGUGACAAUAAAAAUAAUGCAUAUAAACAUGUUUCAUGGUUAUAAUAUGUUUGUGAGUUGUGUGCUAGCUCAGUAUUUCUCAAUCUCAGCAAUUUGUGUGGACUUCAACUUCUACAAUUUUGUAGCUAGUAUGUUGGUUGGGAAUUGUAGUAAUUGAUAUUGAAAAGUUGUUGAUAUUGAAAAACACUGUGCUAGAUUAUCAUACUGCAAAUACAUUUAUUCUCUUUCAGUACACUUGAGCUGAGGCUCAGUUUUGAUAGCUUCCUGCUGGUAGGGCAUGGUCAAUAGGUAGAACUCUACUGGGCUUAUUAUGCUGACAAAUAAUGUAUUAUGUUACAUGGUUACUGUAAUGAGAACAAAAUGUUUGCUAAAUAUAUUUUCCUUGAUUUUAUUGCCUCAAUAAAAUUUCUAUGAAAACAA